UUAUGGUAUGGAAAGAUAAGGCCGUUAAUGGACAUGGAAACGUCAAAGCCAAUCAUUUAUUUUGUGGAAAAGGGUUUAUACAAAGCAAGAUUGAAUCAUCUCACAGCACUUGCUGAAAAAUCAAACUUCUUGAAAGUCAAUAAAAAUUACAGUAAUCAAGUCACACAUGUUCUUGCGCAAGAUUGCACCAAACUUCAAGUUUUACAAUUUUUAAAGAAAGUAAAGAAGUUGAAACCAGAUGAGUUGAGCUGGGAAAAUCAGAAAUUUGUUAAUAUCUCAUGGUUUACAUCAUGCAUGAAAGAAAAGGAACUCGUUCCUGUUUUGGAAACACAUCUGUUGAAAGAUGAGGAUGAAGAUAUUGGGGUUCCCUCCAAGAAACUCAAAUUAGAAGAGAAGAUACCAAUGUAUGCUUGCCAGAGAUCAUCACCUCUAAAUCACAAGAAUAAAAUAUUCACCGAUGCGUUGGAGGUUUUAGAAGAACACGCACUGUACCGAGGAGAUCAAAAUGCUGAUGCAAGGUCGUUGGCUUUUCGACGAGGUUCAUCUACGUUGAAAUCACUCAAGCAUAAAAUUUCACACAUCAACGAUUUGAAAAAUCUACCUCAUAUUGAUAUUGGUGGCAGCUCAAAACCUGGACAUUGUAAAAGAGUUAUAAUUGAUAUUCUAGCAAAUGGCCAUUCCACAGAAGUUGAAGAAGUAUCGAGCAAUGAAUUCUAUCAAACAAUGAAAUUAUUUUGCGGAAUUUUUGGUGUCGGACCUCAAACUGCAAGAAAAUGGUUUUACGAUUUAAAGUUACGAACACUUGAUGAUGUCAAAAAUUGCUCGUCAAUAUCACUGAAUCGAGAUCAGAGUUAUGGUUUAGAAUAUUAUGAAGAUUUAAAUUCACCUCUGCCAUUAUUGGAUGCAAAACGAAUAGAAAAUCACAUAAGAGAAGUUGCAACUAGCAUACAAGAAGGCAUUGAAGUAAUUUUAGUUGGAGGUUUUCGUCGAGGAAAACAAGUAGGACACGACAUUGAUUUAUUAAUCACUCACCCUGAAAACAGAAAAGAAAAAAUUUUGCAUAAAAUAUUGGACAAAUUAAAGGAUGAAUUUGUUUACACUGAUAAAAAAGCAGGAACAACAGAAAACCCAUAUCAUGCUGCUAAAGUAACUUCUACCUCUCAAAGCACCACAGAUCAUUUCGAAAAAUGUUAUGGGAUAUUUAAAGUUGAUAAAACCGAUAAAGCUGCAGGUGAAAAUCAUAAAAGAACUUGGACAGCUCGCAGGGUGGAUUUGAUAGUUGUACCUUAUUCUCAGUUUCCAUUUGCUGUACUUGGAUGGACAGGAUCGAAGCACUUUGAGAGAGAAAUACGAAGAUACUCAAAAUCAGAAAAGCAAAUAGUGUUGACAAGCCAUGGAAUGUAUACACUGGAAGGGAAGCAAAACAUACCAGCAUCGAGUGAAAAGGAGAUUUUCGAGUUAUUGGGUUUGGAAUAUCAAGAUCCUGAGGAUAGAAAUUGUUGACUGCAGCUCGGGAUAUAGGGUUUGCUGUUUUGUGGGUUCCGGUGUCUUGGCGGGAGUAAGGCCCGCGUCAAAUUCCUUUUAAGGAUAGAAAUUUUGGACUUAAAUGUAUAGGUUUGAAAUUACAAAUUUCAAAAUUCAGAUGUCCGUGUCCAUAAGCCUCAACCAUAUUUAGUGAAAAGUCGAAGUCGAAUAACACAUAUUUGUCGCAACAGGGGCGAGUCAAAUUUUUUUGCUGCCUGGGGCAAGUUUUUGAUAAUGAUGGCCCUUUGCUGACUCUUCAUCACGACAAUCAUUCACACGAGAUCAUACACACAAUGUCAGCUUUUACAUAAAUAAAAACACCCGCGCCCGCCCCUGACCGGCACCUAGUGUCAUUUUUGAAUGAUCCCGAUGGAACGUUCAUCUACUCUACAGUUCGGGUUAAAUAUUGUCAAACCAAAUACCUGACAACAGAAAUUCGCUUUGCCAUUAUCGUUUUGCCAAUUCGAGUCUCCGGCUCUAUAUCGAGCCUAUGCCACUAUGCAGUAUUUCGUAAUUUUUAAUCGCAUUUAGUAAUUACUGUACAAUGAUAAUAAAUGUUGGCACUAUUCAGUACGAGUUUUCUAAUUUGGAUGGGCUUUCUGGGAAAGUUUACACUCUGAUAUCGAUGAUAUGUUUAGUACCACUGUGUGUGUGAAUCAAUUUAAUAUAAAAGGUGAGUGAACACUAACACUCUUUUUUGGCAAAACCUUUCAACCUAAAUUCUGCACGGUAUGAACCUCGCUC